AUGAAAAAAGCUCGGACGGUGGCCCUACCCAUCCGAGCUAAGAUAUGCAACUUAGAAGGGAGACAAAAACAGAUACCGUUCUCUGUCUUGUUGAAGAACCCGGAGCUCCGUCACCUUGGUUCCAACCAGAGUCCUACUUCAGACCUCUACGUUACUGCACAGCUAUGGAGCAGCUGCAAGCCGCUUGGAAUGCCCAUGCAGACCGCCUACAAGUCAUUCAAAACUAACCGGACUUGGAAUGAGUGGCUUGAAAUGCCAGUACUGAUCAAGGAUGCACCGCAGAAUACUCAGUUGGCGCUCACAGUCUGGGAUCUGUCGCCCUUGGGCGGAGAAGGAAGCCAUGAUCAUUCUGUUCCAUUCGGCGGGACGACCGUUUCGCUUUUUGAUGAAGAUGGAACACUAAAAAAAGGGAAGCAAAAAUGCAAACUAUACAGACACAAAGCUGCCGAUGGUUUCUCGUACACCACGACGCCCUCCACUCCGCCGCCCAAGCGCCACAGAGGUAAUUUUGUCGAAGAGGGCCCUACUCCGGUAGAACUUGAGCUUGAACGGUUAGAAAAACUGCUGAAAAAACAUGAAAUGGGGGAAAUACCACGGGUUGAUUGGCUGGAUCAGCUGGUUUUUCGUGCGGUAGAGAAGAUCAAAGUUGAAGCUGAAGAUGCUGCGAAAAAGCGCGCCCUUCGAAAUAAAGCUGCGAGAGAAAAGGCGAUUGUUGAGCUUGAUGGAGAUGCUGGUGCCAGUACUCAGGAUGAAGAUGAGGAAAAUUUCGUCCUUUACAUUGAAUUCCCACGCUUUGACUUUCCCAUUGUUUUCCAGGAUUUCGAGUAUCCCCCUCCACCGGUUUCUUCACUUACGCAGCAUACCCCAUCCGGAUCUACCAUUGCUUUGAAACCGCCCCCCGAAGUCCGGCUUGGCCCUGACAUCGAAGGAGCUGCGGAUGAUGAAGGCAACUACCCUCUAAUACGAAUAUAUGACCCUGAGGUUGGCCAGAGAGGAAACCCUUGUGAAGAUAAGCACAGAAGGCUAGUCCGUAGCCAUAGGACUGGUAUUAUGGACCGCGAUUUAAAACCAAACCCUAAGAUUCGUGAUGAAAUCAAUGAGAUCAUGUCCUAUGGUCCAACGCAAGAACUGAAUGCAGAAGAGAAAGACCUGGUCUGGAAAUUUAGAUUCUAUCUCACUAGAGAUAAACGGGCUUUGACUAAAUUUGUCAAGUCUGUUAACUGGCAGGAUGCCAGUGAAGCUAGACAGGCCGUUGAAAUCCUACCAAAGUGGACUGAAAUCGAUGUAGAUGAUGCUUUGGAGUUGCUGGGCCCCCUUUUCGACAACCCAGAAGUUCGUGCUUAUGCCGUUGAUCGCUUGAGAAAAUCAGAUGACGAGGAGCUGCUUUUAUACCUUCUUCAGCUUGUACAAGCACUGAAAUUUGAAGCUAUUCCCAAGGGUUCCGCUGAAGAAACAGAAGAAGCCGCACACGAUUCCUCCUUGACCAAUUUUUUGAUCAGCCGCGCUGCCAAUAACCCUAUACUCGGAAGCUACUUUCAUUGGUAUCUAAUGGUCGAGUGUGAUGACACAGCAGCCGGGACGCUCUCUACGCACCGGAAAUUUUUUGCGCGUGUGGAAUUUUACUUCAUGCUAGAACUAGAAAAGGUCAAUCCGGCGCAGAGAAAGGUGCUACUCAGACAGGGUGAACUUGUUACCAUCCUUUCCAAAAUAGCAAAGGAUAUCCGGUUUGCAAGAGUCAAUCGUCCUUACAAAAUUGAAAUGCUCAAAAAAUUUCUCAGUGACCCUAAGAAUGACAUCUUACAGAUUGAUCCCCCUCUUCCUUUCCCUCUUGAUCCCGAGGUUUCAAUUGUUGGCUGCCAUCCGGAAGAAGCCAACGUUUUUAAGUCUUCCUUGUCACCUCUUUUUAUCAACUUCAAGCUAUCCGAUGGUCGAAAGUAUCCAGUCAUAUUCAAGGUCGGAGAUGACUUGCGCCAGGAUCAACUUGUAAUCCAGAUAAUCACUCUUAUGGACCGGCUUCUGCAGAAGGAGAACCUGGAUCUUAAGCUUACUCCAUACCGUAUUAUUGCAACGGGUGCUACUGCUGGCGCGGUACAAUUCGUUCCAUCAACGCCUCUAUCUGCCGCUACUGCGAAAUAUAAAGGCUCACUCCUUGCGUACCUCAAAGCAAACAACCCUGACGACAGUGAGCCGCUGGGGGUACGAAAAGAAGCAAUGGACACUUACAUCAAGUCUUGUGCUGGAUACUGCGUUAUCACCUAUCUUCUAGGAGUUGGCGAUCGCCAUCUAGAGAAUCUACUCCUUGCCCCUGAUGGGCAUUUCUUCCACGCUGAUUUUGGUUUCAUACUUGGUCGUGACCCAAAACCAUUCGCGCCAAUGAUGAAGUUAUGCAAGGAAAUGGUUGAAGGAAUGGGCGGUGCCAACUCGCCGAACUACAUCCAAUUUAAACAAUAUUGCUUCACUGCCUACAUCACCUUGCGCAAAUCUGCAAAUCUUAUUCUUAAUUUAUUCAGCCUGAUGGUUGAUGCUAAUAUUCCUGACAUUCGGGUGGAACCCGACAAGGCCGUUUUGAAAGUUAAGGAACGGUUCCAUUUGGAAAUGACUGAGGAGGAGGCAAUUCGUCACUUCGACGAACUUAUCAUCAAUAGCGUGAAUGCUAUAUUCGGUGCUGUUAUUGAUCGAAUUCACGAUAUUGUUCAAGGCUGGAGGGCAUAG